CAGCCCAGCCAAAUGGAGCCACGCCGGGAUUGAGUGGGGCGCAGACUAGGAGCCGCAUGUGCCAAGUUCGGAAGCGGCUGGAGAAGCUCUUCUGCUAGAAGCGAAUGCUAGAGAGUCCCGUCGGAGUGGGAGGCCAGGCAAGCUUGCAAAGAUGGGAGAACAACCCAUCUUCACCACCAGAGCACAUGUCUUCCAAAUAGACCCCACCACUAAGAAGAACUGGAUGCCUGCAAGCAAGCAGGCAGUCACCGUUUCUUACUUCUAUGACAGCACAAGAAACAGCUAUCGGAUUAUCAGUGUGGACGGAGCGAAGGUAAUCAUCAACAGCACAAUCACACCUAAUAUGACUUUCACCAAAACAUCGCAGAAAUUUGGCCAGUGGGCAGACAGCAGAGCAAACACUGUGUUUGGUUUGGGUUUUUCUUCUGAGCAACAGCUGACAAAGUUUGCAGAGAAAUUCCAAGAAGUGAAGGAAGCUGCCAAAUUAGCUAGAGACAAGUCUCAAGAGAAAAUCGAGACCUCAAGCAAUCAUUCUCAAGAAUCAGGAUGUGAAACCCCAUCUUCUACUCAGGCAUCAAGUGUGAAUGGGACAGAUGAUGAAAAGGCAUCUCAUGGCCCUGCAGAAGCACAUCUGAAAUCGGAGAAUGAGAAGCUGAAACUGGCCCUUACACAGAGUGCCUCUAACGUGAAGAAAUGGGAGAUCGAGCUGCAAACUCUGAGAGAAAGCAAUGCAAGAUUGACAGCAGCACUUCAAGAAUCCGCUGCCAGUGUAGAUCAGUGGAAAAAGCAGUUUUCUAUUUGCAGAGAUGAGAAUGAUCGACUCAGGAAUAAGAUUGAAGAACUAGAAGAACAAUGUAAUGAGAUAAAUAAGGAGAAAGAGAGGAAUGCACAGCUGAGCAGGAGACUGGAGGCCUUAGAGUCGGAAAUUCAAGAAAAGGAAAGGGAGUUGAAAGAUCUCCGAAAACAAGGUGAAAUCAUACCCCAGCUCAUGUCAGAAUGUGAUUUUGUCACGGAGAAAUUAGAGGCUUCUGAGAGAGAAAAUCAAAAUCUCGAAGAUAAAGUGAGGUCUUUAAGGACAGACAUCGAGGAGAGUAAACACAGACAGCGCCACCUAAAAAUGGAACUCAAGAACUUUUUGGAAGUCCUUGAUGGGAAGAUCGAUGACUUGCAUGAUUUUCGGCGAGGGCUCUCCAAACUGGGAACGGAAAAUUAGAGUGCAAGUUGUGAUCUAGGCUCCAGGAGUUUGAUGUUUGUUAACCCUAAGUGUGUGUAUUACAAAAUAGGAACAGGAAGUACACCUUGUCUGCAUUUUUUUGUAAAUAGAGGCUCAGAGUAUGUUGUGUUUUCCAACCAAAUGUGCUGCUCACUAACUUCUGUCCAGAAUAGAAACCUUUUCUUGCUUCUCUGGGCUUGUAGACAGGUAGAGGAUCCUACCUCAGGAAUCAGGAACUAGGUUUACGUUAAAUGCAUAUGCAGUUAGUCAGUACAGGGACAUCUAUAUUUCUUAAGGACUGUUGCAACCAUAGAAACACAAAGUGUUUUCUAAUCCAACUUCCAAAAUUCUAAGCAACCUGCAAUUUCAUUGUUUUUUGUUAAAUGAGAUUGGAAUUAGUUGGGAUUCCUAAUCUCACUGAUCAAAAAUAUAAUAGAGAUGAUUUCUGCUCUGGUACAUUUUGGAUUAGAUGAUUCUGAGGUCCUUUUGAAGUCUGUGAUUCCUGACAGGUGUACAUUAGUUUUGGGAUAAGCUAUCUAAGACUCAUUGUGUAUCAGUGUAGUGAAUCUCUCAUAGUAGACGUGAUGCUUUAAAAAAUGAGUUAAUAGAGAUUUCAGAAGAAGAAAGGGAAUCAGGUUUUUAAGAAACAUAGGUAUGUCCUCUAAAUCAGCGCACCAUUUGCACAUGUCAUGUGGUCUGCAGGACUACAAAACAACUUUCCUUUUAAUUAUUUUUAACUUAUAAGUGGACAACCAUGAUAAAAAAGCAACAGACCAUGAAGGCUGAGUCUACAUGAAGAGUGGUAUUGUAAUCAAAUAAAACUUGAAACAAAUUUCAGCU